GUCCGAUACUCCGAUGAGUCCGAUCGUGUCAGUCUCUGAUAUCAACAAGAUGACUCAAUUUACAUAAUUAUUGCUGGGUAAAUUAAAGAUGUUUUGUAUAAACAAGUAUCUUGGAAUGGAAGAAGUAAGACAUUUGAUAUCUCAAUUAAUAAGAACAAAUGCACGUAUAUUCAUAUAAUAUACACAUGGAAAUUUUAUUCAUUUCAAAUUGCGGACAGUUACAAUUUUACUAAGAAAAUUCUAUUUUUAAGUAUUAGGAAUUUAUUACUAACCAUAUAUCUACUUGGCAAGCAACCGAAAUGUCUCUGGCUACUCCAGAAUUGCUCAAUGCAAUAGCUGAUUUAUCUUCGAUUAGAGAAAUGAAGGUAGCGGUAAAUUUAAGUGCCCAGUGUGGAUUAAUAGUUGGUGCUAUCACUGCAGUGGGUGGUAUCCUUGGUGGACCACCUGGAAUCGCUUUAGGUGGUUUAUUGGGUACUGGGUUGGCAAGUUACCAUGCAGGUGGUAAAUUCAAGUCAGUUCCGGAAAUUUUAGCGCAGGAAGCUACUCCAGAGCAAAAAGAAAAACUGGCAACUGCUCUAAGAAACUUGUUAAAUGCACAAAAUAUUUUUACAGUUUUAGAACUUGCAGCAACCAUGCAAAACAACAGAUUGCUGAUGGAGGCCGUAUCAAAAGUUAUACGUGAAUUUUUCAUGUCUGAUAUGGGAUAUUGUAUACUGUAAUAUUUUGUCUUAUUUUCAUUUAAGUGAUCUUGUGUACAGUGCGAUAUUUUUUUAAUGUUAUUGGUUAAGCUAAGAAAAAAAAAGAAUACUGUACAUACUGUCAUAUAAGCUUAAGGGUGUCAUAGAAAUAAAAUU